AUGGCUAGUCCUGCAGUUCUAGCUUUCGAUGCUGAGGGCCGCCCGCUGCGUUUUGACACCUGGCUCGAUGACCUCCAUCUGUUCCUCCAGCUCACUGCUAAGGAGGAUAUUUCGCUAUAUGACCAUGCGUUAGGACUCGUUCCUGCCCCUGCUGCGACUGCUGACAGUACUGCCCGCUCACAGUGGCAGACUCGUGACGCCCACUCUCGCUUCGCCAUUCGCAACUCCCUGCCGGUAGAUGAACGCGAGCACUUUGGCCAGCACAAGACUGCUCAGGCACUGUACACUGCUGUAGUUGCGCGCUACUCCUCGCCUGCCUCUGCUGCGCUAGGCCGUCUCUCACUGCCCUAUAUGUUCCCAGACCUGUCCGCUUUCUCCACAGUAGCUGACCUCAUUACUCAACUCCGCACUAGUGAGAUCCGCUUCCGAGCUGCCAUGCCCGCUGAGUUUCUUGCCAAGAACCCCCCCCCGCUGUGGCUCACUCUUUACCACCUGGUCACCCGUCUCCCUGACACCCUUCGUGCGGUCAGGGACCACUUCCUUGCUCUCUGCCCCACCGAGCUCACCAUUGACCUGCUUGAGAAGCACCUGCUGGCAGCCGAGACUAGCAUAGUCGCUGUCGGUGCGUCUCGCGGCGACCCCCGCACCCCUUUCUUCGAGGGGUGUUCACCCUCCCCUCUCCUCCCCUCUGUCGCCUCUGCUGCUGCUGUCGACCUUCUUGGUGCUGAGAAGGUCGGGACUGCGUCCACUGCGAGUGGGGGGCGCCGCAGCGGCAAGGGCAAAGGGGGCAAGGGGGGCGGCGGUGACGACGGGGGAGGCGGUGGUGGGGGCGGUGGCGGCGGUGGGGGUGGUGGUGGGGCUGGAGGGGCCAGUGGCAGCGGCGGGGGUGGUGGCGGCAGCGGCGGGGGUGGUGGCGGCAGCGGUGGAGGAGGUGGCCGGGGUUGGGGCGGUGGUAGUGGCGGCAGUGGACGCGGUGGCGGUGGUGGCGGUGGUGGUCGAGGUGGCGGCGGCGGCGGUGGAGGUCGCGGAGGCUCUGGCGGUGGCCAGCGCCAGCAGCAGACCCCGUCGCCCCAGGAGCUUCGUGAGUGGUACUCUCAGCGUGGGGGGGGUGGCCUUAGCUGCCCGUACGUCAUCCGCACAGGUGACCGCACUGGUCAGACGUGUGGGAGGGCGCACACGCAGCAGCGCUGCUUCUCCCGCCUCGACGACGCCUGGCGCACUCAGUUUCCUGCUGCUACUGAGCCGCUGGGUGACUGUUACCUGCGUGUCCCGCCCGACCCGGGCAUUAGGACCAGUGAGGCUGCCGCACUAGGUGCUCGUGUGUCUGUUGCCCCAGGUGCUGGUGAGGCUGCCGCUCUAGGUGCUAGUGUGUCUGUUGCCCCAGGUGCUGGUGAGGCUGCUGCUCUAGGUACUCGUGAGUCUGCGCCCUCUGGUACUGCGUCUACUGAGGCACUGCACACCUUCACACUGGACUCAGGUGCUUCCCGCUGUUUCUUUCGUGACCGCACUGCCCUUGAGCAGCUUGCUCGGCCAGUUGCAGUCUCCCUCGCUGACCCCUCUGGGGGUCCGGUCAUUGCGACCUCCUCCACUGUCCUCUCUUGUCCUGCGGUUCCGUCGGGCACACUGUCAGGUCUCUACCUCCCCUCGUUCUCUACGAACUUGGUGGCGGGUCGUGCGCUCCAGGACGGGGGUGUCCACCAGUUCACCCCUGCCUACGAGCGCGUGACACACUGCACGUGUGCUCGGACGGGUCGCCACCUGGCUACCUUCACUCGGCAGCCGGGGUCGGACCUGUACACACUGACCACUGAGUCCCCUCAGGUAGCUGCGUCUGCGUCUGCGUCAGGUCAGCUGUCGGCCCCCUGCUCGUGUCGCUCCCUGGCGCACGAGACCGUCCUCUGGCACCACCGCCUUGGUCACCCGUCAGUGCAGCGCCUUCGUGGCAUGCACUCCCGGUACCUUGUCUCUGGUCUUCCCAGGGUUCUCCCUCCCCUCCCACCCUCGCCUGCUCCUCCCUGUCUUCCCUGUGUCGAGGGGCGGCAGCGCGCCGCUCCUCACUCCUCCUCGUUUCCCCCGACGACUGCUCCCCUGCAGACGCUCCACAUGGACGUGUGGGGCCCAGCCCGCGUCCGUGGACAGGGUCACGAGAGGUACUUCUUGAUAGUUGUUGACGACUACUCGCGCUACAGCACGGUCUUCCCCUUGCGCACCAAGGGUGAAGUCCCUGAUGUUUUGAUCCCUUGGAUCCGCGCUGCCCGUCUCCAGCUCAGCGAGAGGUUCCACUCCGACUUUCCUGUCCUGCGUCUGCACUCUGACAGAGGUGGGGAGUUUUCCUCCGACCUCUUGAGGGUCUUCUGUCAGGGGAGGGCAUUGAGCAGUCGUUCACGCUUCCGGCCUCUCCACAGCAGAAUGGGGUUGCUGAGCGCCGCAUUGGCUUGGUCAUGGAGGUCGCUCGUACCUCCUUGA